AUGGAGGAGAACGGCAAACACGAUUCUAGCUCAGAGUCCACAAGCAAGAAUUUGGACGCGCUUGCGGGCUCUUUGGAGUCGAUGCAUUUGGAGGGCGAGCAAACGGUCGAGGAGGAGCCCAAAUCCAGCACCAAACUGCUGGACAUCUUGAUGCGCGCCUUCGGCAGGAAAACUCACCAAGACAAGCACCACGCCUUCUGGAAUACCCAGCCUGUAUGCAAAUACAGUGAGGAGGUGGAUUCCGACCAAAUCGGCGCCGUCGACUUCAACACGAAAACCGAGAACGUUCGUGACGCGUUCGGCUUCGGCAUGACCACGCAGCUCUACUACCUGCUCUACGAGAACUAUGUGGAGGACGACGGCGGGAUGCUGAGGUUCGAUUACAAGACCGAGUUUCUGCAGUGGGCUCUCGCGUCGCCCGGGUACAAGAAGGACUGGCACGUCGCCGUGCGUGUGAAGUCCUCGAAACGCCUGGUCGGGUUCAUCAGCGGCAUCCCCGUGACGAUAAACGUGCUCGGCACGUCGAUGGAAGUUGCGGAGAUAAACUUCCUCUGCGUGCACAAGCAGCUGCGGUCCAAGCGGCUCGCCCCCGUGCUGAUCAGGGAAAUCACCCGCCGCGUGAACCGCUGCGGCAUCUGGCAGGCAGUGUACACCGCCGCGGCCAUGAUCCCGAAGCCCAUCACCACGUGCCGCUACUGGCACAGGACGCUGAACAUACGCCGGCUGGUGGACGCUCGCUUCACGUCGAUAGGCCAUCGUAUGACCAUUUCCCGUGCGCAGCGGCUGUUCAAGUUGCCCCCCGAGACGGACGGCAUCGUGAUGCGCCCGAUGGAGCCCCGCGACGUCGACGACGUCCUGGAGCUCCUGCAGAACUACCUGCCCGCGUACAAGAUCCACCCGGUCUACACCCGCGAAGAGGUGGAGCACUGGUUUGUGCCGAGGGGCGAGGUCAUUUACACGUACGUGAAGGAAAACAGUGAUGGUAAAGUGACCGACAUGCUGAGCUUCUACCGCCUGAACUCCAGCGUGCUGAACAACCCCAAGAUCGACACCAUCAAGGCGGCGUACUCGUACUACAACGUCGCCACCACCAUAUCGUUCAAGAAGCUGAUGGAGAUGGCUCUGAAUUUCGCGAACGAGCACGAGUUUGACGUGUUCAACGCGCUUGAUCUGAUGGAGAACGACGCCAUUUUCGAGGAGCUCAAGUUCGGCCCGGGCGAGGGGAGCCUGCACUACUACCUCUACAACUGGCGCAUACCUAGUCUGAAACCGUCUGACAUAGGUCUCGUGCUGCUAUAG